AAACGCUGGCAUCGAAGGCAAAGUCGAUCAAAAGAUGUCAGGAACGAUACCGACAGCGUUCGACCUCGGCAGAGCGUUCGACGAAUCUCUCGCGAACAACCCCAACUUUCUCAGUGGCCGAACGAGCUAUCCCAAACAGCUGUCCCAGGAAGAGAUCGAUGCGAGACAAUCUAUCGUCCUCGACCCGUCACUCGAGGAUGUCCAGUCACUCUUCCAGACAGCGGACGAUCAGGAGGGACGCAACCUGACCUCCCAGAUCAUCAGAGCAGCAACGGCUGUGACGAGACAGCAGCAGCAACAGUAUGACCAGCAUCACGAUCAGGGCCUCCUUAGCGUUCCCUUUGACAUUGAUCCGCCAAAGCCUGAGCUCGUCAGCAGCGGUCUCAAACCGAGGAGUCUCGCCAACCCUCGCGGUGUACGGAUCAACAGGUAUGCGCCAGGCGGCGACAAAGUCAAGCCUUAUGGCUGCGCCCAUCUGGGCUGCGAAGAGAUCGCCUAUUCGACCAGUGCAGAGCUGACAAAGCACAUGCGACUAGCUCACAACUGCAAUCGAGACCCGGGCGUACCAUCGCGACCGUUCAGGUGUACCUUGCCCAAUUGCGGCAAAGCAUGGAAACAAGUUGGCGGUCUGCAGACGCACUGCACCACUACAGUCACCGAAGAGGGCCACGUCGACGGAGACUCGAUCGGCGCGACACGAGAGGACGAGUUUGUCAAAGAUCUACGGCGGGCGAGGUACUAUUGCCCUCAUCCGUAUUGCAUGAAAGGCAAAGCCUACAAGCAGAUCGCUGGCCUGCGCUAUCAUCUUACUCAUGGUCACUUUCCCAUCGCCUCGGACGAACAGAUCAAAGCAUGGGAUUUCGAUCUCUGGCUAAGACUCAACAAGCGCAAAGCCGAGAAAGCCUUUCGACAAGCCAACAGUACCGUUCUGGUCGACAGCGAUGAUGAGAAGCAAGAGAGUGCGGGGGACAUCAUCAAUUCUGACGAUGACGCCGAGGCUGAGCGAACGGUCCAAGCAAUGCAGCAGGCCUUGUCCACGACGACGACCGAUAUUGGUGCAGAGCCAAUCGCUUCCACUUCUGCCAUUCCGGCAGAACCGAUCGACGAGGUGCAGCAGGCCGUACUUGAGCCUGCCAAUGUCGACGUCCCUAGUCAAUCUAGCUGGGAUGAGGACCCUCAACGACUCAACCAAGAGAUCCUGAAGCAUCUCUCAGGACCCAUGGCUGCACAUUUCGUUCGCCUUACAGAAGGUGCAUUGGCCGGCUUGGGGCAACAGGAAGACAUCAGAGUCUCACAGCCUGAUCCAAUCGCCCCAGGCACUUUCGCAUCUGCUGGGGCUCCGAUUCCUGAUUCGGUCAACCAAUUCGCGCUUGAGGCGGCUGCAGAAGCCAGAGCGAAACGACGUGCAAAGGCCGAGAUGAACAAGCCCAAGGAACCUCGUGUGCUGCCUCAAACGCCUACUUAUGGCUUUCCCUCGUGAAGUCUUGAUCGUCAUGUUCAAUGCAACAGCUGCCUCGUCAGAGGCUUCAAGGCUCUGUCGCGCUCGACUUUCCGUGCGCGAUCCUCUUUCUCCUUCAGUGUUGAUCUGAGGAGCGAUGCCUCAUAUUCCGCCUUGACUUGAGCGAUCGUCUUUCCGGUAAAGAGUGAAGUAAAGUCAUCCGAGUUGGACGGCCACACAGCGUAUGGCGAUCUGAACGGAACGUUUCUGUGUUUUCGAGGAUGUCGAACUUGCAAGAGCCAGCUUCGCUUGACUUCUGUCACGCCAGGCUUGGAUCCCUUGGGCUUGGUGUAUUUUGUAUUGUUGUCUGACAGCUUGAGAUUGACAAUGAAAUGAUGAUGACGUCCUUUCAGUUCAACGGUGAUGGAUC